UAAAUAUAGUAUGAAUUCGCAGAGUUAGUAGGAGCUCGCACUUAGAACUAACGGCCGGGGUAGAAAGGUGUAGCAUUUUAUCACUGAAAUUUAAACCAGCAUUGGGCGAGGAGUGGCAUUAAAGUGAUAAAUUUAUUUAGUCAUGUUUGGACCACGCCUCUCUAUUAACGGUUACUGUUGUACGUGUAACGCAAAACAUCAGUUAAUGGUUUGAUCAGCAGGUGUCGUACACUCGAGUUAACGGUAUCAUCAGCACGCACAUUCAAGUUGCUAGUAAGACGCAACGCUCUAACUCAAGUUGCUGGCAGGACGCAACGCUCUAACUCAAGUUGCUAGUAAGACGCAGCACUCUAACUCAAGUUGCUGGCAGAUCGCAACACUCUAACUCAAGUUGCUGGCAGGACGCAACACUCUAACUCAAGUUGCUAGUUAGACGCAACACUCUAACUCAAGUUGCUAUUUAAGCGCAACACUCUAACUCAAGUUGCUAGUUAAGCGCAACACUCUAACUCAAGUUGCUAGUUAAGCGCAACACUCUAACUCAAGUUGCUAGUUAAGCACAACACUCUAACUUAAGUUGCUGGCAGGACGCAACACUCUAACUCAAGUUCCUGAUCGUAAAGACACGCACAACUGCAGAGAUGAAGUAGCAAGUCCCGAUAUGUUACGGGACCCGAGCGAGGAUCGCGUCUCAGCAGCUGAGCGCAGGGGCGACCAGGCGACAUGAGCUCGUCCUCUUCAGGUGGGGCAGCGGGGGGCUACGAGGUGCACAAGCAAGGAUGGCUCAAGCGUCUUCCCCCAAACGAGAGGAAGCUCAUCUCCCCAUUUUCAAGGCCCUGCAAGUCAGAGAAGCUGUGGGUGAUCUUCUGCGUGCAUGGAGGAGGCGAGCACGGAGGAGGGGAGCCGUGGCUCGAGUUCUACGAGAACCGGCGCUCUGCCUUCAGCCACCGGCCUCCAUCUCGUCUUUCUCUCCACCGCUGCCUCCACGUCUCCCCUUCCAUCCGCUUCACCCAAGACAACGAACACGUGCUGGCGGUCACACUCGAGGGGGAGCACGUGCGGCUGGCGUUGCAGAGUAGGGAGCUGAUGAUGGAGUGGUUGGACACCCUGCGCAGCAAGCUGAGGGAGCUGGGGAUUCUGACUCCCCGUGACAACCUCUACAGCAAGGAACCCGAAGGCUUCCUCAGGUCUCCACUACUCAGGAACCCCAACUCCCCACUGCCCCCUACCCCCGCCUUCCUCUUCCCUCCGCCCCAGGGGAUGGAGUUCAGGGAGGAUGUGUCAGUGAGCAGCGUGGGGACGAGCAGCCGACAUGGGGGAAGCCCAGCCCCCAGCCUCACUCCAUCCACACUCUCCUGUCCAUCCACCAUUCUUCCCCCCUCCAUCCUCUCCUCCCCUCCCCCCGGUCACUCGUCCCCCCACACCUCCCCCGACGUCUUCGUCAACGCCUCCUCCGUUGUUUCGUACGUCCGCCACCACGACGCCACAACUAGGAGGUCGUCAUCCUUCCGUACGUCGCUGCCGAGCUCCCCGAACACCCCCGCACCUCCGGUGUCAUUCGUCCGCUCUCCCCAGGGGCCUCAGGCGUCUCCUCGCGACCACGUGACGGUGAUCAGCGUCGCGGGCAGCAGCGGCGACGUGUUCAGCUUCGACGACGUGGCGGCGGUGCUGGAGAGCAGCGGCGGGGUAGCGUCGGCGCAGCUCUACGGCGACGAGGACGACGAUGUGGGCGACGCUCACCUCAGGAUCGGCAACUCUCUCGGCGCCGGCGGUUUUUCGGCUGUCGGCUGUCGGCCGCCGCUGCCACAAAGACGGGAUGUGGCCGCUGGUUUGGCCGCCAUAGGUGGACAUUCCUCGAUGACUCAACAUUCCUCUGGAGAUGUUGGAACUUCCUGGGAAGUGACGUCAUGUAACCAGUGGACGGUGGACGCAACUAACGGUAACGACAACAGCAGCCACUACAAUGGCGGCCACAGCAGCGGAGCUUACGAACCACUUUUCCUGGCGUUUUCUGAGACAGCAGCGCCGCCCCCCACACCCCAGCCCCCCAACACGGGGCUGCUCAGACGGCGGUCGGAGCACCGCCGGUCGGGGCGGCGGGAGCAGGCGAGACGAGCGGCGUCCGUUGGUCCGUCCAUCGCUCCCCGCCAGCCCUUCCCCGUGAGCCCCGCGGGUCACGUGAUGUCGCUGCGGGAGCAGCAGGUCGUGCGCCUGACGAAGGAGAUCAGCCACGCCGCUGGCGUGCGCCUCACCCUCAGGAGGAAAGACUGCAUCAACUCCAUCGCCUUCGUCAACUGCUUCUCCCAGGUGUACGUGGCUGGGUGGAAGCAGCGAGAGCAUCCAUACCUGCACAACACAUUCCACUUGGGGGACCGCCUUAUUAGCGUGGGCGGCGUGCCGGUCUCUACGGCGGCUGAAGCCAACAGCCUCAUCCGCUCUGACCCGACAGUGCUGCUGGAGUUCGUAGUUCGCCGCAUCCCUUACGGCAAAGUCUUCGCCCUGAAGAGGGAAGAGGAAGGACAGCCCUUGGGCAUCCUGAGGGAAGGCAACACGGCGGAGAUAAGAGAGGUGGUGCCGGGUGGGCUGGCGGCCUCUGAAGGGUUGUCACUGAAAGCCACCACGGUGGACGGCACUGGACUAACUUCCUGGGUCCUCACCGAGAUCAACCAUCGACCUCUCAACCUGUUCUUUAAGCAUUCAGAGAUCCAUGACCGCCUCAACGCCGUCGGCCGCGACAUCUCGAUCCUCGUCCAGCCGCUGGACCUCGUCAGGGCGCUGAAGAAGCAGCUUAAGGCCAUCAAGAACUACAAGGACUACAUCGUCAUGUGACGUGUGCUUAAAGCCAUCAAGAAUUACAAGGACUACAUCGUCAUGUGACGUGUGCUUAAGGCCAUCAAGAACUACAAGGACUACAUCGUCAUGUGACGUGUGCUUA